CACACAUCAUUUUCGGAUUGGUUUUGGCAUUUUAUUUGAUUGCUGGUGUGUUUUAUGCGUUUAUCAAUCAUUAAACAUUUAGUACAUCUCUUUAAAUGCAUUUUAAAAAUAUUUAAUAGACUACUUCUAAUGCUUUUUUUAAAUACUCAUAAUACAAAACUUCAUAUUUCGUGGCAUGUGUUUUGAAUGAAUCUUACAUAUAAUUACUAAUCAUCAUUCACUAUAAUUUCAUAUAUUACACUAUAAGAAAGAAGAUUAUUAAAGCACAAUUUAAUUUACACACUAUAGUAAACAAAUAUCUUUGUCUAACAAAUCCCAUCCAUCAAUUCUGUGAAACAUUAUUUCCUCAAUGCAUUUAGUGCAAAAUGUAACCUGCUUUUACGAAUCCAUCAAUGGGACUUCACUUUUGUGUAUGGCAAUGGUUUUUCAAAUUGGUUUUUCGGGUUGGUUUUGGGUUAGACUACAGGUUGGGUUUGGAAUUUUUAGGUGUGAGUAUGGAUGCAUUUUUGGGUUAGGGAAUUAGGGAUUACUAUCUGGGAUUUGGUCAUGCUGUCUGGGACUGGUUUUUUUGUCUGCAUGCUCUACCUGGUUUACCACUUUAUAAUUGCUUUUUCCUUAUCCUGUGUGGUUAUGCCGCUUUAGGUCUGCAUUACACUUCAUAAAUAUAUUUUGGAAUUUGGUCUGCAUGCUAUAAUUUGUAUAAGACCGUAUAUCAUUUCACCCUUUAAAAUCAUAGUUGAGUAUGUAUACUAUGUGUCACCAUUCUCCAAGCAUACUUCAUGUCCUUUGUGGUUAAAACCUAUACUUCAAUUCAUAACACAGACACUUUAACAAAAAAAAUUUACUACCUGAACAAACAUAGCAUGAGAUGGGUUUCUACCUGAACAAACAUACCUGGUUUCUCCGCUCUUGGUGGUGUCUUCAAUGAAGAGGUGUGUCUUGAUUACUUUCACGCCUUCUUCCACCAUGUACAACUAUUGGGUUUCCUCUUUUUGAUGGAUAUGCCCCUAACAAAAGAUUGGUUCCUAUGAUCUGCUGCAAUCUAAUCAUAAUGUUACUAUUUGUUACAUAUACAAAUAGAUGCUUAAGCCCACACAAGAAUCACAAACCACUAAACCACCUAUAUUUCCCAUGUCAAACACCACUAAGAAUUGUUGGUCUUGAAUCUCGAGGUGACUUAAAGUCAUAUAUACAAUCUUUUAAUACAUAUUUACAUAUUGUGGCAUUUCAAAUAGGUCAAUGCACUGUUGCUGAUUCUUUUAGGCCUGGUGGUCCAAAUUAUAAGCUUCGCAGUGGCACUCCAUUCGACAAUGUUGAACUCAUAGCGGUUCAUCACUACCUCCCAAAUGCGCCAAUUUGCUUUUCAAGUUACUAAUGGACAAGAUGUUGGAAAAUGAACAAUUCCAGGUACAACAUCAAAGAAUUCCCACCAUGAAAAAAGGAAAGGAAAAUAAAAACAUGAUGUUCGGAGUCAAACACCAAUUCUUUACUAAUGGCCAAACUAGAUUUUCAAUGUUGCUGAUGUAGUAAUAUAAGAACCUGAAGGCCGCGUAAAGUGCAGUUUCUUAUAAAGAAAGAGCAACAAAAUGUACAAUGAAAUUUUUUUAACUCUUGAUAAUUUUUUCUUAUGUACACUAACAUGCACAAUGGAUGUUCCGAUUCUUUAGGUCGGGUAAUCAGGCGUAAGAUUUGCAAUUAUACACUGCUGCUGCAUGCUUCCCGAUUAUUGAGGCCGGAUAAUCAGCCGCUUGAUUCGCACUUCCCAAGUAUUAGAAUCUAGAGUCAUGAAGACUACGGAUGUUGCGAAACAUGAAAGAAAUACUCUGAUUCGAAGACGCAGUGUGAGGAUUGCGAUGGCGAAAGAGGAAGUCUUGCGUAACAUUGAGCAAACGUUGUCAGAGGACGAAGCGCUUGAUGAAAUUUUGUUGAUCAAGAGGAUGGAAAAGGCUCAGGAAAGGCAGGUGAAUAUACGCGAUGCGUUUGUUAGGCAAAGCGUUUGCGAAAAGGUUAAGGAAAGGCAGGUGAAUAUACGCGAUGCGUUUGUUAGGGAGAAAACUGCAGGGGAGGCAUCUGGAAAUGUGUUGAAGGUUAACGGGGAAAAGGUGUGUGUGGCAAAUACGGAUAGCGAGCAUUUGGAUAUGGUGAAGGAAAUCAAGGAGAUCAAGGAAAAACAGGAUGCGCAGGAUAAGAAACUGGAUGAAAUAUUGGGCAUUCUACGGCAAAAAACAGCGUCUGUUGAAACCAGCUCUGGGAAAGGGUCUUUGAUGGGAGGUAAUGAAGAACCAAUUGUCCGGAAUGAAGUGGAUGAAGUUGGUGUUGAAAUUCAAAAUGACAAGAGUGGAAAUGUUUCGGUGACAGAAGCCAGUGACCCUGUAAAGGAGGGGAAGUAUCCAGAUAUCCCAUUCACUGAGACACAAUAUGAUCCAUGCUUCCUGGAACUUAUUGACAGGGUCCUAAGGUUCCUUGCGAGGGGAUUGUUGGGCAGGAUGCGAUCCAGGGUGGGCGCAAGAGAAGUGUUAGUGGUGAUGAUACUGCCAAGAUAUCUGGGGUCAAGUGGUUCGAAUAAAGGGAAACUUGGGCAGCACAUUGAAGGAGGCAAACGUAGACGUAGCUUGGAUGACGAUGAUUUUGAAAGAAUUUUUACUAGCAGCCGGGUGGGAAGUGGGGAUCUUGGAGUGAAUGUUGCUCACGAUGCUUUGGUGGUGUUUUCCACGGGUUUAGAUUCCAUUACUGCAUGUGUUGAGAUUGAUCGGCCUAAAAGGGUUCACAACAAUCCGGAGAGAUAUACUCCCACAGAAGUCGAACAUGAUAAGGAAAAGCGGAAGCUAGAGAGGAUGGACCGUGCUAAGCUACAAAUGAAACGUGUUAGGUCGGAGGUAUGCCAUGGGCCCUUUUCAAAAGAUCCAAAGGUGAUGCCUGCGUAUGGGGAAAUACAAAAGGUGAGAGAGUUUUUGAAUGAAGGACUGCUGAAAAGACAGGGAAGGAAGAACAGCACAUGUCGGUAUACAUGUAAAGAGGAGAACAUGACGAAAUGUCCAAUUGUGCUUGAUGGUUUUAAAGUGGAGAACAAAACAUGGCUCUAUGAGUUGUUUACAAACACAGAGUGGUUGCGCAGCACGCAUGUUGAAAUAGCAAUGCAUUUCCUGGAAGUGAAGGGUAGGCAGUAUAACCUCCUGCAGAUGUACACAACUACAUCCCCAUACUUCUUGCAAGGUGACCACUGGAUGUUGCUUGUCCUAGAGGUUGAAGGGAGGACAAUACGGGUAUACGAUUCAAAAGGAAGGAAGGGAAAAAGUUGCCGGGCAUUGAACGAAUACAUGCAAUGUAUCACGGAGUUGCUGCCUGUCCUGCUUGAUUUGUUGAGUGUAUGUGAUGAGCACUCGGAUGGCCCAAUGGGGAAAAAGAAGUUCAAUAUCAAGGUCGUUGAUGAGUGUCCACAACAAGAUGACGGGUGUAACUGUGGGAUGUUUAUGUUGAAGUUUGCAGAGUAUCUAAUGAUGGAUAGACAUAUUUCUGAAGUUCAUGCACGCGACAUGGAGGGGUACCGGGUUAAGAUGACUACGGAGCUCAUGGUAUACAGUAAAGAGCGGAAAGAGAAGGCCGGAGACAAAUAGCCUUAGCGUCUGCAAUUAUUUGGAAUG